AUGAUCAGCCAUGCAGAGAAAAUACGCGUUGAAGACCCACCUCCCGCCACUCCACUGAACCGGGCUCAGCCGAUCAGCAGUCGUCCCUUGGUGCGCACGGAGUAUCCGGCUCGAGCUUGUCACCUAGUUACGCCAACGCUAGUACCGAUUAAGCGUGAUGACGCCUGCUACUGCAGCCUCGAUCCUGUCUUUCCAUCCCUAUCCUCGUCUCCUUCUGCCAUUCUACUUCUCGUAAAGCAUCCACGCGAAAUUAAACGAACCGAGCGUUCGAAGGCAGUUGCCGGCGCAUCCUUCAGCAGGUACCACAGACAGGCCCUUCAGAAUAACGGUCCCCUAGCCGUCUACCCCACUUUCCUACCGUCUACCUACCAGUCGCCAAAGCCGAACAGGCCCCGUUUGAACCCACUCCAGUUGCCGGGAGGAGCACCACUGACGGUCAGCUUGGAGACUGGGGAUGUGAACCAUCAUAACACUCUCCGAAGUCUGGAGAUGAAACAAAAUGAGCAUUUACGCUACCACCAGGCCUGGUCGGGAUAUUACUACGGUGACAUUGCGGAACGGGAAAGUUACAGGUAG